AUGUAUGCGCAUAAGGAAGAGCUAAAGAAUUACUUUAAUGAAAUAAAAUUAAAGGGUUCGUUUUGUUAUGAUUUUAACACAGGGGACUCACGUAAUGUUGAUUAUAUAACAAAGUUAAAAUGUGAUUUACUAAAUAGUUACAAUAAUAGCGAAUUAAAUGAUAUUGACAAUUUUAAGGCACAUGCAAGUAAUGAUGUAGAAAAUAAAAAUAGUAGUAAGAGAAAUAACAGUGGUAGCAGCAGCAGUAGCAGUAGUAAUAAUUAUAACAAUGAGGGAAGUAAUGGCAUUGAAGACAGCAACAAUGAUAGCAGCAGCGGUAGUAAGCAUAGGAAGGAGUUGCUUAACCUUUUAGACAACAUCAGCUAUUUAAAUGAAAACUCGUGCUAUAAUAAAAAUAAUUCAUACAAUAAAAAUAAUAACGCCCCUCCAAAAGGAAAACGAGAACUCAGUCAAAAUGAUUAUUUGAACAUUAAGAAGAGCAGAUUAAUUAAUAAUUUGAAUUACUUCAUGCGGGUGUGUUGCAAUAAGAGUUCGUACAUAAAAUUUAUAAAUCAUUACUUCAACAUAAUAUAUAGUAAUAGUAUUAACGUAUUAUUUAAGUAUGAGUGUAUCUUACAAAAGUUUGCAGAGCAGAAUGAAAAAAAUUUAACAGAAAACGAUUAUUAUAACGGAUACAUAAACUUAAAUAAGAUUCCAAUUCUAAUGAAUGAAUAUAACUUACUUAAUGGUAUGAAAUUAGACAUAAAUAACAAUCAAGAAUAUUUAAAAAAUAACUCGAACCUAGAAAGUAAUGUAUUAAAUUUUAUCAAUGUAUAUGAUAAUUUAACUGUUAACUUUUUUAAUCAUAUAUUUACAAAAAUUAAUAAUAAUGAAAUGAAUAUACAAAAUUCUAAUGUUGACUAUAUAAUUCAUAAUUUUCUUCAAAAGAAAAAGUUAUUAAAAGAAAAUGUAUUUAAUUUAUUAUUAAAUAUUAGUGAGUCUUAUGAAAUAAAGUACUGUAAUGUUAUUACUGAUUUAAAAAAUGAUGAACAUGUAAAGGAAAGAAAUGAAAGAAUAAUUUUCGAAAUGUUAAAAAAUAAAGUUGAAGGAAGAUUUAGCAAUUUUAAUAAGGGAGAAGAUUUUUCUAAUUAUGAUGAUAUCAUGAAUAAUGACCAUGGUAAUAAAAAUUUCAAUGCAGCUUACAAUUAUGACAUUGAACAAGACAGUUGUUCCAAAAUUAAUAAUAGUACUGAACCUGAUAAUUGGUGUAAACCAAAAAAAGGAGAAAUGUAUGUUAAGGGAAAUAAUGAAAACAUGAACAUGAUUAAAGGAAAGGAAAGUGAUACAACCAACACUUUUUGUAAAAUAAAAAGUAGUAAUCUUAGUAAUAGUAAUAGUAAUAGUAAUAGUAAUAACAUGACAAGUAAUAACACUGAUACCACUACUACUUCUGUAGCCACGACUGCUACAGUUGUUACAGCAGCUACUGUUUCCACUGCUUUAACCACUGCGACGGCUGCUACCGACUGUGUGGGGGGUGUUUCAGAAACAACUAUCAGUAGUAGGGUGAAUCAUCAUAAUGAUGAGGAUGGUAUUGCUAUUGCGUAUUCGACGGGUGUCGAUAUUUCAAUAAACUCUUAUAGUAAUGGUGUUGAAAAAAAGGGGAACGUGUUCCUAAAUGAUAUGAAGGAAAUGCUAAACAAAGAAAUUGGUACCUAUGAUUGUUGCUACAGACAAAAGGAAGAAGGGGAAGAAAAAGAGGAAGAUCAUGAUGACAAUGAUAAUGACAGUUCGAAUGACAAUGCAAAUGACAAUAUGAAUGACAAUACCUAUGACAAUGAUGAUGAACAUGCAAACAAGAAUGCUAACGCGAUAGAUAACAUAUACAAAUUCCUUAAGAACAAUACUUUUAUUCCAAAUAAUAAUAUAUAUACAGAUUUUGUUGAAAAUGGUAAUGACAUAUUUUUAAAUAAAAUAAAAAAGAGUGAUAAAAAUGCAUAUUUCAAAUUAAUAGAAAAAUUUGAUCGAAUGUAUAAUAUAAUAAAUGAAUUUAAAAGUAACCUGAAAACUAGCCCAGUGAACGAAGAUACUAUAAAUAAUGAUAAUGAGAAUUUUCAGAAACAUAGAAAGAGAAAAUUUAUUAACGAUGAAUAUGAAUUGAAAAAUGCCAAUCAUACGAAAAGAUGUUUAAGAAACUGUAAUUGUAAAAAGAUUCAACCCGUUAAAAGAAGUAAAAGAAUUAUUAAUAAAACUGAAAUAUCAAAAGGAAAAAAAAUGAAAUAA